AUGGCUCAAGAUCGAGGAUCCCAAGAUGCGAACGCCAUCUUCGGCAAGAACGAGGAGCUGUACCUCGACUCCGGGUUUGUGAUGCGUGCCACUGCCGAAACCGGAGAAAGAGAAGAAGAACAUGACGCGACCCCUUCCAUCGACAAGGGCCACAACCUCGAGGAUUUCCUCCCUCUAGGCUCCCUCAAGAUCAGCGAAACCCCAACGGGAGCGCAAUGGGAGAUCGCCGGUCGCCAGUAUGUCUGCGCCACGCCGGAGUGCUGGAUUCGGGGGGAGUACGCUGGCGUUAAAGCCAAUAUCCGGCUAUCCGACCCCAGCGAUGGCUUCUUCCACCUCGGUUUCUUCGAGAAUUGGAAGCCUGAUGGCAUGGCCGGAUACCAGAGCCACAUGAAAGCAGAGGGUACUAUCAAGUACGAGCGUCGGAUCCUUAAGAUCAAGGGCCGGGCCGUCCGAGAAAACCUAGGGUUCCGUGGAACGAACAAGGGAAUACCUAACCGCAUUGGAUACAUGGGCGCCGAAGGGCUGAAUUGGUCACAUGCAUUCAGUGAUGAGUUUUCCUGGUAUAUCAUGGCAGGCCACGCAGAUCGCAAUCCAACAGGUAUGCUCGUUCUUGAUGGGAAGAUAAUCCACGCUACCGGCCAGUCCAAUGUGUGGCUGGAGAGCAUCUACCAGUGGAUUGACCCAGACAGCAACCAGCUGGUGCCAUGA